CCUCGCUUUGCGAGCGCGCGCUCGCUGUUCACACACACACACACUGCCGUGGCGCGCGCGCUUUCCUCAUUGGCUGCUCUGCAAAACCGAUGGAUUAAAAAAAAAACUAAAAUAAAAAAACAGAGAAACGGACAGGUUUAUUAUUUUAUCGGUUUUUUUAUUUGCUCAGUUCAUAUAUAUCAUGUCAAUUUCGCGUGCUUGUUGUUGAAGCGUUGAUCCCAUUUUUCAUAUUAUUUUUGGAGGAAGAAGUGGAGAUGGCUGCAAUCGUGGAGAAGUCAGAUAUGACAAAAGAUCGAGCGAGAUUAGCCCGUGAGAGGAGAGAGGAGAAAGAGAAGACUCAGGCAAGCCGGGAGAAGGAGCUGUGGGAGAAGGAGCAGCGUUCCCGUAAGCAGUACGAGCGUUCGCUGGAGGAACGAGGGAGGCGUCUGGAGGAGCAGCGGCAGAGAGAGGAACGUCGCAGAGCCGCUGUGGAGCACAAGAGGAGGCAGCGUGUCGAGGAGGAGAAGGAGCACCUGGAGGCACUGAUGCGGCGCUCGGAGGACCGCGGCCUGCCGCCGGAGCAGAGACACAAACGCUGGACGUGGGGCGGCCCACCGCGAGCCUGCGAGGAUGACCCUAAGAUUGCCCCGCCCGCUCCUGCUGCUUCCUCCAUCUUAACCAAUGAGCCUGCUUCUCUCCCGCCUGCCAGCCAAUCCAAAGCCGUACCAGACUUCAUGAUUCCACCGGACUGUCCAGAGAUAGACCUGAUCACUCGCCUUUCCUCCUCGAACUCCUCAGCUGUUAUAGCACAGCCAUCAGGGAGAGCCUCACCCAGCCCCCACAGGUCCCCUUAUAAGUCCUCAUCGAGCAGAACCGAGCGCAAGAAGACCAGCUCCACAUCUGGACCGUCGGAGGAAUCCCGAGGGGUUGCCACGACCCCCAAAACCCCCCAGACAGAGAAACAAGCCGGCACGAUCACCGACUCCUCAGCGAAGCAACUCGAAUCUCCCAUGACACCCACCAAGAGCUUGUCUGUUAGCAAGAAGCCCGGCACACCCAAAAGGUCCAAGUCAUGUAAGAGCCGUAUCCAGUCUCCGUGUUCUCCGGGGCAGUUCCCCAGCUCACCCAUGAGGCACAGAGCAGUGACCCCGGGGGCAGACAGCUACAAGAGGCUGGACGGAGAGGAGAAAGGAGUCGAGAGUAAAAGCUCCAGCACUCUGGAUAGGAAAAGCUCAAGGACUGAAAAGAUUCCCAAAUCUGCAAGCAGAGAACUCGGGCAUAAUGCAGAGUCUCCACUGACUCCGACUGGAAAAGCUGGAACCACCGACGCUGAGGAGGCCUCCAGACUGCUGGCUGAGAAGCGACGGCUGGCCAGAGAGCAGAAGGAGCUGGAGGAGAAACAGCGACUGGAGGAAGAGAGGCUCAGGGCCGAGGAGCUCCAGAGGAAGCAGGCGGAGGAGCGAGAGCAACGGGAACUGGCGGCUCAGCAGGCAGAGAAGGAGCGACAGAGGCAAGAGGAAGAGCGCAGGAAGAAAGAGGAAGAUGACAAGCGGCAGAAGGAGAGACGCUUGAAAGAGCUCCAGGACCAGCUGGACAGAGAGAGGGAGGAGGCUUUCCAGAGGGUGCAGAGGGAGGCUGAGAGGAAGCAGCAGGAAAGAGAGCAGCUGAAACUGCAGGAAGAGCAAGAGAGACUGCAGAGGAAGAAGCGCAUUGAGGAGAUCAUGAAAAGGACAAGAAAAACUGACACUGACAAGAAGGAUGAGACGCACAUGGAGUCCAACUCCUCCGUGAUGGAAUCUGUCUCUGUCCUGGAGUCUGCAGGAGAGAGUGCAGAGAUUUCAGAUGGCCAGAUUAAUGGACCGUCCAUCAGGUCCUCAGGAAGCUCCACUUUUGCUGAGUUUAAGACUGAAUUCCCUUCGUCCAUCACGGCUGGCUCACCUGUGAUCAACCUGCAGCCUCUGGAGGCUAAGGGCAGCGUGGCUGACGAUCUUUCGGAUGGCGUCCAGUCCAUGGAUGUCAGUCCAGUCUCUAGAGAUGAGCUGAUGCAGGAAUACUCACCUGUCAGCGAGAGCUCCGAGAACCUCAUGAGGAACCCCGAGGCUCUGGAUCUCCUGCAUCUCACCGGACAGGCCGCGUAUCCUAAAGCUGGGGACUGCAACAAAAACCUGAUCCAGAGCUUCAGCAGCGCCGCCGCAGACUCGACACUCAUCCAGAGUCUGGGGCCGAGCAUGGAUAAGCUCACUGUCUAGUUAGCAGGGUAUAGGUGACGUCCCAGCUGUGUUGAAGACCGGUUUGGGAUCUGUGACCUUUGUCUGUCGUGCCUCUCUGUUCCAGCUCUUCACAAGCUCCUCCACCAGAAACCCCUGUGCAUCUUGGGAAAUAAAAAGGAAGGAGCGCUGAAUCAAGUAGUUAUAAAAUGUAGAAUAAUAACGAUUAUUUAAAAAAUAAUAAUAAAAGCUUUGCCUUUUCUUCAUAGGUAUACCAUUUCGCUGUAGUAAUCGCCGGGGAAAGCAACUGUAUUGCGCCUCUUGCAGCCGUAGUGAUCUUUAUAUCCCUGUAAACACACCGUAGCGUGAGACUAGUACACGAGCCUUGUAGCAACUUUGUACAGUUUUGCUGCGAGAGCACAAACGACCAGCAAACUGACCGUAUGUGUGUGUGUAUAUAUAUGUGUUGAGUGUGACGUGUCACGUGUCGAGGGGUGUCGCAGUUCUUCAGUACAGUACAGUAAAGUCAUGCGAGCGUAAAACUGUUGAACCGCUAUAGUACGCUUCGUUUCAUAACUCCAACGGUAAAGAACGGAAAGACUUCGCAAAUGAUAAUCUAUGCAGGCCUUGGGGUAAAUCUGAAUACACUAAUGAGCGAAUAUCAACACAACGCUACAGCUCUACAGGAAAUAUCCUCUCACUUCAAAGCUCUACAAUACGCUAAAUACUGUAUGUGUGUUAAAUCUUGUUAAACCUUCGCUUCCAGUUUCGCAAUUAUUCAGGAAGUGAGAUGGAGACGUUGCAUGUGAGAGAGCAGCGUUACGGAUCCCCGCGUGCCGAGCACGGGAGUGACGUGGUGGACGGCGCCGGAGUUUAGCGCUUCGAAGCUUGAGGAGCUUUAAGAUUAGCAUUUCAGCGGAGGGUUCAGGGUUCAGGAUGGGUUUCAUUCUCACAUCAAUCCGUCGCUUCAUGGUGAUUAAUGGUGCAUGAAUCCAAUGCUCUGGAACUGCAAGAAAAAAACCUGGGACAAUAACAAUAAAGUGAUUGAGCCACA